CCCCGAGCCCCGAGCGAGCGCCGCCGCGGCCGCCUCGCGCCCGCCGGUGCCCGGACACGCCGCCGCCGCCCCCGCCGGGAAGGCAGCCGGCGCCGAGCGAGUUGCGAGCGGAGCGCGCCCCUGCGCCCGGGAAAGUUUCCCCCGCGGCCGCCGGCGGGAGUUGGCGCGGGGUCCGGCCGCUGCCGCUGGAAGAGGUUACUGAAGCCACCAUCACAAAGAGACCUCAAGGAAUCUUGACACCUUGAAAGGAGAAGACACCAGUUGAAAGAGGUGGGCAUCUCCUGGACGGCCCCGAGCUCACAGUGGGCACUGUCAUCAAAGCAACUUGAACCCUUUGAAGUUGACUUCUAGAAACGUGGGCACGGUCCUUGUCCAGACUUCCCUGCCGGCCACCCAGGAGCCAACGUGACAGCUACUUGUGUCAGGCACUGUGCUGAGGGUUUGACACUCGCGAUCUCAUUCAGUCCUCCCACAUCGCUAUGAGGUUGAACUGUGGCGACCCCAUUUUACAGACAAGCAAACCGGGGCACAGAGAAGGCAGCCAAGUUGUCCCAGGUCACACGCCAGAACAGAUCGGGCAUUCCUACCCAGGGCUGUCUUGACUGCAAAGCCUGGACCCCAAUCGCCUCUCUUCCCAGGUGUCUUUCUAGAAACACCCAGGGGAGAAAGAGGAAAACAGCGGAGCACCAUGGAAGGCGACUGUCUGAGCUGCAUGAAGUAUCUGAUGUUUGUUUUCAAUUUCUUCAUUUUCCUGGGUGGGGCCUGCCUGCUGGGCAUCGGCAUCUGGGUCCUGGUGGACCCCACCGGCUUCCGGGAGAUCGUGGCCGCCAACCCCCUGCUCAUCACGGGCGCCUACAUCCUCCUGGCCAUGGGGGGCCUGCUUGUCCUGCUGGGUUUCCUGGGCUGCUGUGGGGCCGUCCGUGAGAGCAAGUGUCUGCUGCUGCUUUUCUUCCUCUUCAUUCUGAUCAUCUUCUUGGCGGAGCUGUCGGCGGCCGUCCUGGCCUUCAUCUUCCGGGAGAAUCUCACCCGCGAGUUCUUCACCAAGGAGCUCACCAAGCACUACCAGGGCAGCAACGACACGGACGUCUUCUCUGCCACCUGGAACUCGGUCAUGAUCGCCUUUGGUUGCUGUGGGGUCAACGGGCCUGAAGACUUCAAGUUUGCGUCCGUUUUUCGCCUCCUGACUUUGGACAGUGACGAGGUGCCGGAGGCCUGCUGCCGGAGGGAACCCCAGACGCGGGCCGGGGUCCUGCUGAGCAGGGAGGAGUGCCUCCUGGGAAGGGACCCGUUCCUCAACAAGCAGGUCGGGAGCCAGGACUGCAGUUACACAGUGGGCGCCUCCUCAGCCUGUGCUCUAUUUUGGGGAAGCUCGGAUCUGCCAUGUGGGGCACCUCCUGACCCAAGGGAGCAAGGUUUCCCUGACCUGACCCUCCAAGGUCAGGGAAGCUGCUAGACUCCCUUGCUUCUCUUGCAACCUGAGGACUUCAUCUCGGUCUCAGAAGAAACUCUCUCCAUCCUGCGUGUGCCACCUCUGAGGGGCACGGGGGCCCCGCCUGGCCCCCUCUGUGAGACGGACACCCCCUUGUACUUGAUCCCCCUCCCACGGACCAGUCCCCACCCCCCGGGCGUGUGUGAGACCGGGGGUCGGGGGAGGAUGAGGAUGAACUGAGUCCAUACCCCACGGCCCUCGCUGGAUUAGGCCUUUAAUGAGGAUCUUGUGGGAAUGUUCCAGAAGCAGGGGACCCAGCAGGGGACAGGAGACAAGGCCCCGGUUCCUGGGGCGCUCACGGUCUAGUCAGAGGGAGCAGAUGCUAAACCAGCAGCAGACAAAUAGAGUCAUCGUUUCACGCGAUGAUGAUUACUUGAAGAAAACCAAACCAGAUGUUGGACUAGAAGGGACUGGGGUGGGGGUGCUCAAGGCAGGCCUCUCAGAGUCCCCGAGGAGGGGACAGUUGACCUGAGGCCACCUGACGAGGCUCUUUCCAGCCCCUGCUUUGCCCCGCAAACCCGGCACCUCCAUCCGCGGCACCUGCCACGUCCUGUCAAAGGAUUCGUGAGGCCCCGGAGCCACGUUCCUCUGCCCCUUGAGGUCCUGCCCCCUGCGCUGGGGGAAAGAGACAUCAAUAAAGAAGCGAGGGCCUGGGAUCCGGCCCCUGCGGGCUUGAGGGGGGCACCCCAGGGGUUGGGGCUCUGCCGUGAGCAGAGGCCGUGGGAUGUGGGGGGAUGUCAGGCCUGGGCUGUCAGCCGCUGUGUCACCCUGGUCAAGCCACCCUCUCUGGACCCCAGAUUCCUCAUCCCGAUGCAGAGGCUGCUGGCUGUCCUCCUGGGAAAGAGGGGGUUUGUAAGACCCCUGACCCCCGGGUGGAGGCUGCCCCUCCCAGCCCCUUGCAGUGAGGCCAUGUGACCGAGUUCUGGCAGAAGGAAGGGGAGCAGAGGUGACUUGCGCGACCGGGUCACGUCUUUAAGGAAAAUCUCCGUGCCGGCCCCUCCUCUUUCCCCCCUGGCUGGAACGCAGCUUGGUGGCAGCCGGCUCGGGCCUUGCAGGGGGGUGGCCCUCGGGACGUCAGACCAUCAGGAGAGAAAGAGCCGGGCCACUGACAGCUCCACGGAGCAGAGCGGCCUCCACAGCCCAGGAUUCGAUGUGAAAAACCAACUCUGACUUGUGGGAGGAGCUGCUGUCAGGAAGGCCCGGUGCCCGUGACAAUCCUGUACCCUGAGGCCACCUGGGAACUGCUCACGGAGGCUCUUCACGGACCCUGUUCCCUUAGAGCUUCAGACUGGCCCGUUUCCCAGUUCCCCAUUCAUCCUCCGGGGUGAUGGCUCCUUCCGCCUCGGGCACCACUUUGCAGUCGGAGCUCAUCAGAGAGGCCCCUGUGCGGCCACGUCAGUUCUCUGUGAUGCCUCUGCCUCUGUUCCUUGUGAGGACUGCCCGAGAUCUCUUUUCUGAGACACUCACACCCCUCCUGAGCAUUCUCCCCUUUUCAAAGCCUCUGCUGAGGGACUGUCUCUACUUGGUUGUUCUCCGAAUCCCACUUCCCUAAAGCCCAGGAUGCAUUGCUGACUUUGCCUCACAUCCUCAUCACAGUCUUGAGUCAGGGAGUAGCAUGUUUGGUUGUAAGGAACUGAAAUCCCAACCAAAGCAGCUUGCGCAAAUGCCAGAAAACAGUGGCUUCCCACGUUGUAUCGGUGGCUCAUCCUGUCAGUCAAGGCCUUGUCUCUGUGAUCCUUGUGGCCUUUCCUUGUGCUUACCACUUCAUGGUGGCAAAAUGGCUGCCAUGGCUCCAGACAUCCCACCCAUGUUCAAGACAGGGAGAAGGGGAAAGGGUAGCACCAGCCUCUUUCCCAGAAACUCCCUGCAGACUCCUGCUUACGUCUCGCUGGCUAGGACUUGGUCACAUGGCCACCAGGAGCCAAGGCAGAGGGCACUUGUCUCUGGGUGUUGAGUUAGUCCACCAGCGCUGUUUACCACUGAGCUCCAGUGAAGAGAAAUGAGGAAAUCCUGAAAGAAGGUGGCCCGUGAUGAAUACUUAGGCUCCUCCACUGAGUUGAACCCACCAUGGCAGCUUCUCCAGCUCAUUCCUCAGCCGUCCCUGGGGCAUGACGGUCACCCAGGCCAGUCAAUAAUGUGUUCUCCUGCUGGAAACAAAUCAGAGGGUCUCCCAGUAGAUGGUGACUUUGCUAGACCUUGACCCCAGGCCAGUAUGGUGACCACCACUAGGAAACCAUCCGUAUCCCCAUUUGUUCGGGUGAUCUUAGGUCUUCUCUCCCCACAUCACUCUGUUUCUCUGCUCGCUGCCCAGUGCUCCCCACUUGCUUCCCAGUAGGUUGCAAGUGUGGGUGCUACUGUGACUUUCCUUGAAACAAAGUGCUACACCCUCAUCCUCCCGGCCAGAGAGCGAGUCCAGCAUGUGCAAAGGCCCUGGGGUACGAGGGAGCAUCAUGUGUUCCAGGAACCAAGAGAAGGCUCACUGGGCUGGAGCACAGUGAACAGGGCCAGACUAGCUUGGGUAGGGCAUCAG